AUGAACACCGUGCUUUCACUGCACUCGCUCCUCAACCCGGCGCCGUGCCCGGCCUACGAGCCCAAGCCGACGUCGCCGGCCAGCAGCGGCGGCAAGCCCCCGAGCGACCGCAAACUGCGCCACGACCGAGCCAAGACGCGCUACAACGACGAGAUGGCCUUCCUGACCCGAAAGCGACAAGAACUCACCGAGCGCAUCGAGAGCCUCGAGAAGGCCAAGCGCCACCGCACGAGCAAGUCGGUGUGGGAAGGCUUUGCCCGGCGGCAAGCGCUCGAGCGCCAAGAGUCGAUGAUCGAAAACACAAAGCUCAAGAACGUGCUUCAGCAGCAGCUUGCGAUCCUCGCCGACCUCCAAGGCGUCUUGUCCGAGCGUCCGACGCUGACCAGCUGGCCGCUCAUGCCCGGCAUUGAAGGCCCCAUGGCGCUUCUCUCGAAAGAGCCCAACCGCCGCCUCGCGCAGUUUACCGAACUCAUGGACGCGCAAGUGAGCCAGCUCCACGACGUCUUCAGGAAGCACGGACUGCUCGACGCGGCCGACACGUGGAAGCAGAUUGUCGUGCGCAACGACGGCUGCCACGUCGCCCUCGACGUCUCGGUGAGCAUGGUUGUCAACGCGCCGUACAAGCUGCUGGGAAAGGCGCUCGAGCGGGUGGCAUCGGUGCGCGAGCCCCGGCGCACGGCCAACGGCUACGUCGAGCCGAUCGAGGUGUUUGAAGGCACGGGCCAACUCUUCCGCCGCGUCACAACCAUGCUGGGCUUGCCCGAGAUCCACGCCGAGUUUGCGGUCAAGGGCUACACCUUUCCGAACCAAGUUGCGUUCGUUAUCAACUCGAUGUAUGACGACGAGACGUCACCGCCGGAGCGCGGCGUGCUGCGGUCCCGGGAGACCUUGUUCAUCACAAGUGAGUACCUCAGCGAGACCCAAGCGCGCUGCAAAAUGUACCGCAAGGUCUACGUGCCCGCGAUCCACGUGCCGGGGACACCGCCGUCGCCAUCCAGCGACGACGGCAAUUGCGGCGUCGCGUCGCUUCUCGAGAUGCUGCUCACGUGCUACUCGGACAACAUUGAAGCCUUUGUCCAAGCGAUUUACCGCGAAUUCCGACCACUCCUCGGCGCCGACAACCUCCCCGACUCGCUCGUCGAAACCACGCCCGAGCUCAUCACGUUCAACGAGAGCAGCGUAUGAGCCGCGAGCUGAUUGAAGUCCUAUAAUAGUACUAGUAGCGCACA